AAGAAAAAUGCUUUAAGAAGGAUUUUUGAGAAGUUUGUUCAGUAGACGGCAGAUCUUUGUGAUUCACGUGAUUAUUCACCUAUAAAACCAUUGUUUAAAAAAUGAAAGCGAAGCUUAGAUUGUUUGUGCUCAUUCUCGUUAUUAUGUCUGAAGCCAUCAAUCAGAAAGUGAAAGUAAAGGUUAGCCGGAUCUCAAACGGUAAAAAUGGAUUCACCAGCUGAAUAUGAUUAUAGCUGUCCCGUGUGUCGUGAUAUUUUUAGUGUUCCUGUUAUUUUAACAUGUAGUCACAGUUUCUGUAAAGACUGUCUUCAACAUUUCUGGAAAAUCAAGAAAACUCGGGAGUGUCCCGUCUGUAGGGAACGGUCAGGACAAGAACCUACGCGUAAUCUUGCGUUACAAAACUUGUGCGAGUCGUUCCUAAAGGGGAGAAAUGAGAACCUUGCCUCAGCAUCUGAGGAGCUCUGCAGUUUACACAGUGAGAAACUCAAACUCUUCUGUCUGGAGGACAAACAGCCUGUGUGUUUAGUGUGUAGAGACUCGGAGAAACACGACAAUCACACAUUCAGACCCAUCGGUGAGGCGGUUUCUCCAUAUAAGGAGGAGCUCAAUACAGCACUAAAGUCCUUACGGGAGAAACUUCAACACAAAGAAAACAUUAAAGGAGAAUUUGAGAGAACAGUUAAACACAUCAAGUCUCAAGCUGAGCACACAGAGCAUCAGAUUAAACAGCAGUUUGAGAAGCUUCAUCAGUUUCUCAGAGAUGAAGAAGAAGCUACAAUCACUGCACUGAGGGAGGAAGAGGAGCAGAAGAAGCAGAUGAUGAAGGAGAAGCUGGAGCAGAUCAACAGACACAUGUCAACUCUUUCACUCACAAUAAAAAACAUGGAGGAGAUGAUGAAAGCCAGUGAUGUCUGCUUUAUAAAGAAGUUUCCAGUCUCAAUGGAAAGAGUCCAGAUCUCACAGCCGGAUCCACAGACGCCUUCUGGAGCUUUGAUUCAUGUGCCACGUUACUUGGGCAACCUGCCGUUCAGAGUCUGGAAGAAGAUGCAGGACAUCGUCCAAAACACUCCUGUGAUUCUGGACCCAAACACGGCUCAGCCACAUCUCGUCCUGUCUGAUGAUCUGACCAGUCUGAGAUGGAACUUGAUCAGUCAACCAUUUCCUGAUAAUCCAGAGAGAUUUGAUGAGUAUUCUUGUGUUUUGGGUUCAGAGGGUUUUAACUCAGGAACACAUUGCUGGGAUGUGGAGGUUAAAGAGAGUUUGUACUGGAGUCUUGGAGUAACUACAGCAUCAAACCAAAGGAAGGGACCUGAUUUCUUUAACAAUAAGGUCUGGUGGGUGCAGUACGGAUUGGAUGAGCGGUUUGGUUUUCCUGUUAAACAGAGGCUAGACAGGGUGAGAGUGUAUCUGGACUAUGACAGAGGAACAUUGUCAUUCUCUGAUCUUGUAACUAACACACAUCUACACACAUUCACAACCACCUUCACUGACACUGUCUUUCCGUUCUUCUGGUGUAAUGAUUUGAAAAUUGUACCAGUUAAUUGCAUCUGAUAGAAGAGUUGUGACCCCCUAACAAAUGGACCAAACUGUAGCAUUAAAGGCCAAAGUGGACUCCAUGAAAUCUGGUCUCCCACAGACCUUUAUCCACUUUCAUUCUUCUGAUAUUGUCUCAAAGAGACUCCUAUGGGGCAGAGCUGACACCACAUGCUAGUGAUUUCUGAUUCUUAAAAAAAUUAUUCUUUUGAGCCAAUCUGCAGUGAGUAACUGGUCAAGCUGGUUUACAAAAGCAAACUUAGUUUUAGGGUGCAAGGUGCCAAAUGAGCUGGUUCAAGUAACUGUCACUAGGAGCCAGGAGACCAGUUGCUGAUACAAAGAACUGGUUCGAAUCUGUUGACGUUUUCUGAGGUUUACAGUGGACUUGCUGUCUGUUGUGACUAGUAUUGUUAAAAGUAUUGGUGAUUCAGUACCAAGUCGGUACUGACAUUGUAAAAUGUACCAGGUCAGUUCAGUACCCACUGACCCACUUCGACUACUGUCAAAUGAACCGGUGCAUUCAGUAAUUGUGUGAGCACUGAGAAGAAUCCAGUGUUCCUAUUUACAAGGUUUUGAAGCACUGAGCAUUGCAGCCAGUCAUGGACAUGGUCUAAUGAGUGUGUGAACGAAAUGGGCCAUCACACGUGCCAAUCAGUCAAGUCAGAAUCCGCGUAACAUUGCUCAAAAUGCCUGAGGUAUUCUUUUACACACUUGUGAAUCCUGAAAUAAUGAUAACCAUAGCAAUGAACAGGACAAAAAAAAUCUGAUACUGUAAGUCAAAAUAGGUCUAUGCAUCAUAUCUUGGAGUGUAAAUGCAGACUAAGAGGGAUUUCACACUAGCACUUUUUUUUUGUGCAUCUGGGUUUGGUUUAAUAAUAUGAACGUUGUUUUCUGAACUCAGGUGUGCACCUGCAAACUGUACCUGUGUCUGCCUAAAAAGGAUGGUCUGGGGUACGGCUCAUGCGAACAUUACGGUUUGCAUGUGAUGUGAAUGUGAUCGUAAUAUGUCAUUGAGGUGAGCCAUUAAUGAUGAAGUGGUCAAACUGUGUAUCUGUGUGUUUACUUGCUUGCUUUCCUCAUUUUUUGUUGAAGAAAUUGACUCAAGUGUUCUCUUGAACCCUUUGCAUUGAAGUCAUGAUAAAUAGAUGCAUGUGGGUCAACCGAAUUUGGACCAAGGGUCAAAGGGUCAAACCAAGCACCCUAAUAGACUCAAUACUUGUUUUACAUAAUGUGUUUCUUUGUUCUUCAUAUUUUUUUUCACUGGUCCUUUUAAAGGAAUGUUUACUUAAUUUAAAAAUAUUUGAAUACUGCUGUUUUAAUAUAUAGUUUAGUAAUAAUUACUAUUGUCAUUAAUAAUUAAGUCAUUUAAUUAUUAGUUUUAAUGAAGUGGUGCAGGAACGGCUAAUUUUACUAUAAUUUGUCAAGGUUUUCCUAUGGGUUUAUUUACUUUAUGAGUAAACGUAAUACAAUGUACAGCACAAACUGUACACGCUCAUACUCCAAAUUUUCCUAUGUAGUGACUUAUUACAAUAAAUACAAUGGUCAUAAAUUGAAAAACUUCAUUGGAAAGUCUUGAGGAAUCCCAUAGUGAAUUAGUCGUACAGGUUUUUAUGUCAUCCAUGCACCAGUUGAUAGUUUUUGUUAUUGUACCAAAAUUGGUACCAACAAUCUGGAAAUGUUACUGAUGUUCAGGUCAACUACUGAAAUUCUGAUACUGAAUAAAAUAUGCAUAAACCCACUGAUAUUUGUUUCUGUGCAUUUUAUUUUACUUAUUAGUAACACAUUUGUUUUUCAGUUGCAAUCAUAUGUUUUCAUUAGAAGUGUUUUGAUUGACAUUUGAAGAAAUGUGAUUUCAUCAGUUUAUCAAUGACAACAUUGUGCUUGCAACAAGGUGAGACCCACUUCUUUCUUUUUAUUGGCAAAUUGUCAGUGCAUUACUGACAUAGUAGCUCUUACUGGUUACUGAAACAAAGAGAUUUGUGUUUUACUUUAGUUUGUGUGUUUUGGCUGCUAGGAUGGGCCUUGUAACAAUUCAGACCAUAUCUCAGCUAUAGGGUGUGGUGUGUCACAGUUAUAGCACUAUUGGUUGAUCUGUUUGAUGGCUGUAUUACACAAACGUAAUGUAAUGUGUGACAUGAGUGUUGUACGCUUGCACUAGAAGUUUCUCUUGGCUGAUCCAUCCACCUCCUGCCUUGUUUGAAUUAAGUGGUCUGUAUUUAUUUAUUUAGCUUGUACUUUUGUUUGUAUGUUGUGUAUUGUAAGAAGAAAGAAAUGAAGAGGCCAUGUACUGCACCAGUGCCCUGGAGUAGGUUAGCUGUGAAGCGUGAAGUUACUAUGGUGAUACACUGCUAAACCAAACCACUUUCAUGAUACCAAAAACCCAGAGUUGGUACAAACUCUAUGUAAACUAGCCAGCAAACCAGCUUAAUGGAACAGAAGCCUUAUGUAAGUUCAGAUAGAUUUCUCAUAAUAAGGAAGGAACUUACAGACACACACUAUACAGAAUCAGAAGUGAUGUUACAAAAUGAAAGAAUAUAUUUAUUCGUUUAAAAAUAAAAGUACUUUUCUUUGCUGCAAAAAAUACCUUUUUUGAAUUGUACAAUUUGAUUUUACUCUUGAUUUUAGUUUAAAUCUAGAUUAAAGACCCAUCUCUUUAACCUUGCUGACACAUAACACAUCAACAUAUAUAAUUCAAAUCCGUUAAAGGAUUGUUAGGCUGCAUUAAUUAGGUCAACCGGAACCGGGAACACUUCCCAUAACACCCGAUGUACUCAGUGCAUCGUCAGAAGAAUGGCAUCUACGCUAAUAUUAGUCUGUUUCUUUCUUAUUCCGAGGUCACCUUAACCACCAGAUCCAGUCCGUAUCCAGAUCAGAUGGUCACUGCAGUCCCCCGGAUCCAGUCUGUGCCCAGCCCAGACGGUGGAUGAGCACCUAGAGACGACCUCUACGGCCCUGAAUGUCAGCGGAGUCCACAUCAACUAGAUGAGCCCCAGAGACGGAUCCCCAGUAAAGACCUCGUCACCUAGACGGCCGUCGGCACAAGACCACGGGAACCAGAUGAGUCCUCUGUGUCUGGCCAGAGGAGAACUGCCCCCCGACUGAGCCUGGUUUCUCCCAAGGGUUUUUUCUCCAUUUGUCACCGAUGGAGUUUUGGUUCCUUGCCGCUGUCGCCUCUGGCUUGCUUAGUUGGGGACACUUUUUCUUCACACGAUAUUGUAUUUUAUUUUAUUGUAUUUGAUUAACUGCCUUUACCUGAAAAUUGAGUGUUUAUUGUUGCCCUUUUGCAUUGCUGAUGUACUAUUUCCUAUUCAAUACUGUAAAGCCACUUUGUCACAAUUCUGUAUUGGUGGUAUGUAAAUAAAGAUGA